UCCUACACCGAACACCGUUAACGUUAACCCCUCGAUCCCUCAGGCUUAGCUCUCUUCUUUGUUUUCGUUAUAAAUUACUUUGCAGGCUCCCAAGUUCCUGCUACAAAACCUCAAACAUCGGCUUUAUUUUGGGUGAACAACAGAGCAAACAUGCAGAUCGAUUCUUGUGCUUCUUCUUCUUCUCUCUACUCUUCUCUCUCACUUCACAAACAGGAGCCUCGUUCCACUUUCAAUUUCAACGCUAAUGUCUUCCGCAAUAUUCCCCAGCUACGUUGCAGAAACUCAUCGAUUCCUUCUCUAUCUUCCUCGUUUUUACCAAUUAAAUGCUCAGCUGGUGUUGUAGAGAAGGAAAUUCAAGAUGGAACAAUAAGAACCAUCACGCCUGGUCUUCCUAAUAUCGAUCCAGAGUUACUUGAGCGGUUGGUACAUGAUGCUCUCGUCUGGAGUUCUCUCCAUGGGCUUAUUGUCGGGGACAAAAGAAUCCAGAGGUCAGGAUCAGUUCCAGGAGUUGGAAUGGUGCAUGCUCCAUUUGCUUUACUGCCUACCAUGUCCUUCAGUGAAAGCCAUUGGCGACAAGCAUGCGAGUUAGCUACCAUCUUCAAUGAGCUCGUAGAUCGUGUGAGCAUGGAUGGAAAAUUCUUGCAGGAAUCCUUAUCCGGCACUAAGAAAGUGGAUCCUUUCACCAGCAGGCUCUUGGACAUUCAUUCAAGAAUGCAACAAAUGAAUAAAAAAGAGGAAGUUCGCAUGGGCUUACUUCGCUCGGAUUAUAUGCUCGACGCUAAAACUAAUCUACUACUCCAAGUAGAACUCAACACCAUUUCAUGUUCAUUUUACGGUCUUAGUUGUCUUGUUGGUGGGCUUCACAGGCACUUGCUUAAUCGUUAUGGAGAGCACCUUGGAUUAGAUUCCGAAAGGGUCCUUGGAAACAAUACUAUCAAUCAAUAUGCAGACGCUUUAGCUAAAGCUUGGAAUGAGUACAAUAACCCCAGAGCUAUAGUUUUGAUUGUGGGUCAAGCUCAUGAGCGGAACAUGUAUGACCAAUAUUGGCUUAUGAACACAUUGAAGGAGAGACAUGACUUGACAGUAAUUCGUAAAACAAUGGCACAAAUAGAUGCAGAGAGUGAGCUUCGGCCAGAUGGGACUCUUGUAGUUGAAGGUCAAGAAGUUGCAGUCAUCUAUUUCAGAGCUGGGUAUACACCAAAAGAUUAUCCUUCAGAAUCAGAAUGGAGAGCUAAGCUACUAAUGGAGCAGUCCUCUGCUAUCAAGUGCCCCUCUGUUUCCUACCAUUUAGUAGGAACCAAGAAGAUUCAACAAGAGCUGGCAAAGCCCAAUGUACUUGAAAGGUUCCUUGAUAACACGGAUGACAUUACCAAAGUUCGUAAAUGCUUUGCUGGGUUGUGGAGCCUGGAUGAUCCCAGUGUUGUUAAGAAUGCCAUAAGAAACCCCAAAUCAUUUGUUCUAAAACCCCAACGAGAAGGAGGAGGGAACAACAUCUAUGGUGAGGAUGUGAGAGACGCUUUACUAAAAUUAGACAAGAAAGGAAGUGAAGAGCUUACUUCAUACAUUCUUAUGCAAAGGAUUUUCCCCACUGCUUCUCCUGCAUUUUUGGUCCUGGAUGGCAUUUGUCAUCAAGAACAUGCUAUAUCUGAAUUUGGGAUAUAUAGUGCUUAUCUGAGGAACAAAGAGAAGGUAAUACUAAAUGAUGACUGUGGUUACUUGAUAAAGACCAAGGCUCAAUCAUCAGAUGAAGGUGGAAUAGUUGCUGGAUAUGCAGUCUCAGAUAGCGUAUAUAUUUGAAUGGAAUGAAUUGACUUGUUAAGUUAUACUGAUCAUUGAACUCCAACUGGCAGUCAUAUUUGCCUUUAUUUCUUUGGCAGAUGUACCAUCAAGGUGGGGGUGUGGAUGGGGAGAGUAAGGUUGGAAUCAGCAGAAACACAAAUAAUAAAGAUAAUUGUGGGGUCUAUUUUGUUUUGUACUGCAUUAGUAGCAUAUAAUGGAAACUAAUAAAAAGAAAAGUACUUUUUGUGCUUGUGAAAGCUGUUAAUAGAAGCAAAUACAAACCAAAAUUCAAGUAGAGAGAAAAUCGAGAAACUAACCAUAAUCCUUUGUGGGGCUUGAGUUAUUGCUUUUAUUUUUUCACUGUAUUCACCAUCAUAAAAAUAAAUGUGAAAAUGCUCAUAAAAUUAAUAAGACAUUCUUAAUAAUAGAUUAUAAUCAAGUCUCUAUUAUGCAAUAAUGUUACAUGUUUAUUGUAUCUGCAAUGAAGGGCCACUAGUGGUGAGAGCUCUGGUAUGUAGAGUGAAAAUGUUCUUCAAAUGGAUUCAGAGGUCAACAAAUUCUUCAGCAGAUAGCCAUGGUAGGGGAAGAGUGGGAAGAGGAUAUCUGCAUCGUUGAUCAUCCCUCCUGAUAUGGAUCUCUCUUUCUUUUAUAUCAUUGAGCCCUUUUUUGGGGUAAUCUGUAUUGUUCCUCUAUUUUGAGCGACUUAUCUUGGUUGUGCUCUGUCAUCUUGGAUGGGUCACACAAUUUACUCUUCUUUUUCUCAUGUUUCAUAGUAAUACUAGCAAUUAUUGGAUGUUU